AUGGAGCUAUCAAACAAACUCCGUUGGGACCAACUCCUGAUUCUGGCAGCAGCGCUUAUGUCACCUGCGUUGAAAGCAGGAAACAGUGCGAGGAGAAGCACUGGAGGAUUUAAAGGAGGCCGUCGCCGCAUUAUGUCCAGAGAGCUGGUGUUCUUUGAGAAGUCUCCAGAUUUCUGUGAAUAUGACCCAUCCAUAGACUCUCUGGGCACACAAGGUCGUACCUGUUUCAAUGUUGAGACUGUGGAGUACAAAAACAUUAGCUUUACUGUGUGGGACGUGGGUGGCCAGGACAAAAUUCGUCCCCUAUGGAGGCACUACUUCCAGAACACACAAGGUCUGAUUUUUGUGGUGGACAGUAAUGACCGUGAGCGAGUGAAUGAAGCCCGGGAGGAGCUGAUGAGAAUGCUGGCAGAGGAUGAGCUGCGAGAUGCUGUUCUGCUCGUCUUUGCCAACAAACAGGAUUUGCCAAAUGCCAUGAAUGCAGCAGAGAUCACAGACAAGCUUGGCCUCCACUCGCUACGUCACCGCAAUUGGUACAUCCAAGCCACGUGUGCCACCAGCGGGGAUGGUCUGUAUGAGGGCCUGGACUGGCUCGCCAACCAGCUCAAGAACAAGAAAUGA